AUGUCUCCAAUCCAGCAAUCCCCACAGAAAACCAGAACGUACUCGACGAUUUUUCAGCAACAACAACAACGUCAGGAGCCCGUUCUCGUCCAAGUUUCUCGUCGUACUUCUUCGCCCAUCGUGUCACCGAUCGGCUGUCGACGACCCAGUGUGGCUCCAAUUGGUCCUGCUUCUCCUACUCAUGGUUUAAGUGAUCCAGGAAACGCAAUUUCAUCUCCAGUCUGCAGUCCACGAGCGUCGUUUAUUCGACGUGAUAACAAGCUUGAAAAACUACAAGAACAAGUCAACGUACUCAAGGCUUCUCUUGGAAUUUCAGAAGAAGAUUUACUCUGGAAAGUUGAGAGCUCAAAGGGCAAUGCCUUCCUUGCAGCUGACAGACACCUAGCAGCCUGUGAAGAACGGUACGAUCGACUGGUAUUUGAGAUGCAGGAAUUGUCACAACCAGCACGUUGCGCUGACGAAGACAAAGCCAACGUCCUUCUAGCUGCGAAGCUGAAAGCCUUGGAAAAGCAGGCUCAACAAGUCGCUGAAUUAAGGGCGACAGCCUUAAGUUAUCAGACCGAAAUGAUCCAAACCAAGAAGAACCUUAUGGCUACUCGUGUCGAGGCUGAGCUUCAACGCGCCAAACAAAACUCUGGUGCUAGUAUUUUGUCUGCAGAACAAGAAUUAACGCUUACCAGGCGACUGGAGGGCAUCAAAGAAGGCGUUUUAACGGUACAGCAACAGCUUAAAACGGAGCAAAGUGCGCUGCAAACGCUUCUGGAGUGGCUUGGCUCUGAGACUGACCGCUUCGGUGCUUCAGUCGCUGCUGAAGAUUUGCACCCGUCUUUUGUCAUUUCAGAGCAGACUCAAGAAGCCAAGCGUUCCUUACUCUAUACCCUGCAGACUAUCCCUGAAUGCACUCAAGGAAGCGAGAAACUAUCCUUCUUAUGCUCUCAAGCUACUCAACUUGCGGCAAAGAUCACUGCGUCUCGUGCACAUGAUUUAAAACACACUGAAGCUGAACUAGAACGAACCAUGCGUGAUGUCGAAAUUUGGAAAACUAGACGUGAACAAGCCAAAGAAUUCGCAGAUGAAAUGAGGAAAAAGGAAGCAGAAUGGCAGAGGAAACAACGCGAUAAGAACGACGAAAGUCUCGCGCUAAUGCGGACUUACAUCCCCAUUGACAUCGCUGAUCUCUCAGUCGAAACGUUGAUAGCUCGAGCUCAAGAAGGUGGCGUAUUGCUCACAUACGACCUCACUGCGUACCUGAAAACAAACCGUUUUUUACACUGGUUGGUCACGCACCAAGACGACAUUGCUCGAGCGAAUUUCCUGGCUAUUGAGAGUGCCCCGUUCUUUAUGGACUUUAUAAAUUACGACAUCAAUGAGCUUCGAGCGUUGGCGCGCGUUCUACCAGAUACUUUCGCUUUUGACAAAGAUGGUAGGAAAAACACAUGGCGAACGAGUUUUAUUGAUCAUGUGCGUCAACUCGCAGCUCAGCAGCAACACGAAACAAUUAAAGCGGGUUGGGAUCCGGUUAAACGUUCACGACGAGAUGUCCCGUUACCAGAACUUACAGCGAAGCAACAACUUAAUCCGAUUUUUUGUUAUCCAACAGAUGCUGAAAUUCAUACAAGAUUGGACAAAUUUGAGCGUCAACGUGCUAGAAUUGAAUCAAAGCGUAUGCGAUUAAAGAAACUGGACGAUGAGCUCAUUCCACAGGCUAAAGCUGAGUACGUUGCGGUUGCUGAGGAUGCACGGAAUGAAGAUUUACAGCGUUCAUUUGGAAAAUCUACUCUAAUCGCAUUACGGGAGGAGGCAAAGCAGCAGCAUUUAGCGCUCUGUAAAGAUAGAGAUACAGUUAGAGGCGAGUUAGCGCAUGCUGAACGCGCGUGGGCUGCAAUGACACCAUCGUUCGAGCAAUACCAAGCGGAAGUAGCGCAAAUUCGAGCAUUAGAUCCAGAAAUUCGCAAUGCAACUCGUAUUCGUGGACCUUUUCCAGAAGAUAUUGACAUUCAGCCACGGGAACGAGCUGCUUUUAAGAAAUUAUCUGUCGAGGAAGAAGCGGAAGCGAGAAAAAAGGAACUGGACAAUGCCAUCGCGAAACGCAGUCUCGAUAUCAACGAAGUUGCAGUCGAAGAGACCGGUGCAGCGGCAGAACCAACAGCCAAUGUGUCCAUGGUAGAAGUGUCCCCUAUGACCGUUACCGAGUUAGAGGCUACGCGGUUAAUGGGGCUAGAAGACAAGCCUUCGAAGAUUAAUACGGACUCUAACGCAGUAUCGGAUUCACCCUCAGAGGUAGCUCCUACACGCGGGUUUAAGCGAGUCAAGUCUCUUCAAGUGGCUGUCGGAGUACUGCAGUUUCUCGAGAAUGAUUUCUGUAGCCCCAAACGAGUGAUAAAUGGAAAGGAGGGUAGCUUUCAGUCUCCAUUCAAAAAGCCUGGUGGUUCUGAGUCAGUGGGGCCUGAAAGCUGUGAGAGUAAUGAUGAACCUGUCGUCAGAACUCCACGCGGGCCUCGAUCCUUGCCACCAAAGACUACAAAGGAGGCUAAUUCCAAGGUGGUGAAGACUCCAGUGGUUGUAAAUCCUAAAUCCAAGGCACUUCUGAAACUGGUUGAGGCUCGAAAAGCAGAGGAGUCGGGUGACUCACCAAAAUUCCAAGGCUUGGCUCCUCCGCCGUCACCAUUCGGUGGUGGUAAAGUCAACUUCCUUGGUGAACUGCAGAACCGUUUUCAACGCAAACCGUCGAAUCCAGAGACUGUUGCGAUAUCGAGUGAUAGUGAACAAAGCAACACUUUCAUAGGAACCAGGAAACCUGUGAACUUUCUGGACGAGCUGAAGCGAAAAGCGGGUGGGGAUGCAAGUUCUGAUGCUGCACCUAAGAAGCCCAUGAACUUCUUGGAUGAGCUUAAAAAUGCUUCAGCUCCAAAGCUUGCUGUCAACUCUGAAGAUAUCGACGCUACACAACCUCAGCAGACUGCCAUAUCCUCUACACCGAGCAACUUUUUGGAUGAACUAAAGGCCCAAGCUCGAGCAACUUCGUAAUAAUCAAUUGCCAAAUUGACGGGUC